GGGAGGGAUAGGCAGGGGAAGAGUGAAGAAUAAGAUAAGCUGUGAUUUGAAGACAUGAGCAUUGCACGGUGCUAUGGAAUGUAGUUUAACAAGGAAGAAGCUAUAAGAAACAUUUGAGAAGAGUAAAAUCAAGGUGGAUAAUAAGGGGGAAAAAGAUUGUAAAAAACGGUUGCAAAGGAAUCAGGAUAAUGGAAAUCCCUGACUCAUCAUCAAUGAAACAACUUAGUCGGCCUGAACUGUUUGAUUUUGAGGGUGUUUCUAUGGUCCAGUACUUCACUGACAACUGGGAAAAGGUAAAAAACUUUCAAGCAAGACCUGAUGACAUUCUAAUCGUCACUUACCCCAAAGCAGGUACCACCUGGAUUUCAUAUAUUCUAGACCUUCUAUACUUUGGUAACGAUUCUCCAGAGCGCCAAACUUCCCAGCCUAUCUAUAUGAGAGUGCCAUUCCUGGAGUCAUGUUUCAAAAUGAUGCCACCAGGAACAGAACUGGCUGAUAAUCUGCCCACUUCUCCUCGCCUCAUUAAAACUCAUUUACCUGUCCAGCUUGUGCCCAAGUCCUUCUGGGAGCAGAACUCAAGGAUUGUGUAUGUAGCUCGGAAUGCAAAAGACAAUGCAGUUUCUUAUUUUCAUUUCGAUCGAAUGAACAUGGUACAGCCUGAACCAGGAGACUGGAACACUUUUUUACAGAAAUUUAUGGAAGGAAAAAAUGUGUUCGGCCCUUGGUAUGACCAUGUCAGUGGAUGGUGGGAGAAAAAACUGACUUAUUCUAACCUACUGUACAUGUUCUAUGAGGAUUUGGUGGAAGACACAGGACGUGAGUUGGAACAUUUGUGUUCCUUCUUGGGUUUGUCAACCCCAAUUGAAGAGAGGGAGAAAAUAACAAAAGGGGUUCAGUUUGAUGCCAUGAAACAGAACAAAAUGACCAACUAUUCCACUGUCCCAGUCAUGGAUUUCAAGAUCUCACCCUUCAUGAGAAAAGGUAAAGUUGGAGACUGGAAAAAUCAUUUCACUGUGGCACAAAAUGAACAGUUUGAUGAGGUCUACAAACAGAAGAUGAAGAACACCACUGUCAAGUUCCGCACUGAGAUCUAAUAUUGAUGAAAAAAUAAAUGAUAUCUGAUGUCUUGAUGAAAUAAAAAUUUAGCAAAAAG